GGCAGCCGGGGCGGGAGUGGAGCGCGCUCUGAGACGAGUCACCAGCGCCCCGGGUUGGGGGAGGCGGGCGGGCAGCUAAAGAUCACCUCAGCAGCCCCCACCACGGCCGGACCGAAGGUGCGGCGGCGGAGGGGAGCCAGGGCGCCCCAGCAGGUUUCCAGUAAUUAUCUGCAGGAUUCGCCAUGACCCCAGCUCUGAGGGAGGCAGCAGCAGCAGCAAAGGGUAUCUGCUUUUCAUCUUUACCAAGUACCAUGGAGUCUGACAAGAUGUUAUGCAUGGGAAGUCCAAGAGCUGUAGAUGAUGAAAAGCUACAGGGAGAUACUUUCUGUCAGAUACUGGGAUUUCCAACUCCCGAACCUACACUUAACACUAAUUUUGUGAAUUUAAAACAUUUUGGCUCCCCUCAGUCUUCAAAACAUUAUCAGACACUUCUUCUAAUGAGUUCUAAUUCUACAUUAAGUAAAUACAAUGAGAAUUAUAAACAAAAGAAAUUUGGGGAACCCAAUUGCAAUAAACUGAAAAAUGUAUUGUGUAAUGGCAGCAACAUUCAGCUCAGUAAAAUCUGUCAUUCUCAUUCUGAAGAGUUCAUCAAAAAGGAAGAUACUGCAAGCCAGUGCAUGACAGAUGUACAAAUUAUUUUGGAUUCGAAUAAAACCAAAGACACUAAUGUAGAUAAAAUACAACUGCAAAGCUGUAAAUGCCAAACAAAUGCACUUUGGAAUAAACUUACUGAUGCUGAGAUUAAAAAGGGUGUAUUGCACUGUGCUCAAAAGAAUAUUGGGCCUGGCCACUUAAAUGUGCCUAUUUGUUUCUCAGCUGCUGAAAAAGAGGAGGAAGUGAAUGCUCGUUUACUUCAUUGUGUAAGCAAACAGAAAAUCUUACUUAGCCAGGCUAGAAGAACUCAGAAACAUUUGCAAAUGCUCCUGGCAAAGCAUGUUGUUAAGCACUAUGGUCAGCAAAUGAAAUUUUCUAUGAAACAUCAACUCCCCAAAAUGAAGACCUUCCAUGAACCUACUACGAUUUUGGAUAACAGUUUACCUAAGUGCACUGAAAUUAAGCCAGAUGUCAACAUGUUGACUGCAGAGAAUAGACUGUGGGAUGAUACAAAAAAUGGCUUUGCACGGCGUACAGCUGCAGAAAUUCAAAGAUUUGCACUGUCUGCUACAGGGCUAUUGUCUCAUGUUGAAGAGGGUCUGGAUUCUGAUGCAACUGAUAGCAGCUCUGAUGAUGAUUUGGAUGAAUAUACCAUUAGGAAAAAUGUGGCAGUUAACUGUGGUACUGAAUGGAAGUGGCUUGUAGACAGAGCAAGAGUUGGCAGCCGAUGGACGUGGCUUCAAGCCCAGAUUUCAGAGCUAGAAUACAAAAUCCAACAACUAACGGAUAUUCACAGGCAGAUUCGUGCCUCUAAGGGGAUAGUGAUCCUAGAAGAAUGUCAACUCCCAAAAGACAUUUUGAAAAAACAAAUACAAUUUUCAAACCAAGCAGUUUCAUUAAACACUACAAGGAAUCCCCAGAUUCCUCAAGAAAGUCAAGAUCCUUUACCAGAACAAGAUUAUGAAAUGUCACCAAGUAGCCCUACACUACUUCUUCGCAACAUAGAAAAACAGAGUGCAGAGUUGACUGAGAUCAUCAACAGUUUGGUUGUACCUCUCACCUUGUCCCCAGCUUCAUCACCCAUCUCCUUCAAAUCCUGUAGCCAUAAAUGUUUGGCUAAUGGCAUUUGCAGGAGUGCUUCAGAGAAUUUAGAUGAGCUCUCUUCUUCCAGUAGCUGGUUACUUAACCAGAAGCACAAUAAGAAAAGGAGAAAAGACAGGACAAGAUUGAAAACUCCAUCUUUGACUAUCAUGAGUACAGCAGCUCGAACAAGGCCACUUCAGAGUUUCCACAAACGAAAACUCUACAGAUUGAGCCCUACUUUUUAUUGGACUCCACAGACUUUACCUUCAAAAGAAAUGUUUUUAAAUACUACAGAAAUGCCUUGCCUACAGUCAGCUUCAGUUUGGAGUGGCUGUGAACACAAUUCAAAGUCUCAAAUGUUAAGAGAACAUGUAUCAGAGUUAGAUUCUUCUUUCCAUUCUGUUCUAUCAUUGCCAUCAGAUAUGCCUCUUCAUUUUCACUUGGAAACAUUGUUAAAAACAAGUGAAAUAAAAGGAGAUCUUACUGAAAAUAAAUGUGUAGGAGACUGUAUCAUAUCUCGACCACCUGUAUGUAGUAAUACUCUAAAUCAAUGGAGAAAUGGAUAUUCUUCUGCUUGCAAGCCUCAAAUAAGGUCAGACUCUUCUGCACAGCUGUUACAGGGAAGAAAGAAAAGACACUUGAGUGAAACAGCAUUAAGAGAAAGAACUAGAUUUGAGGAAUUUGCUUUUCAACGCACAGAACCAGGAUCCCACAGCAGUUUUACUGCUAUUACUGUCAACGUGUUAUCAGGAACCCAGAGUUCAUCAUCACAAAAUACUGCACGACGGAGACUGCGAAGUGAGAGCUCUUAUGACAUAGAUAAUAUUGUGAUUCCCAUGUCAUUAGUAGCCCCAACUAAGUUAGAGAAACUCCAAUAUAAGGAAAUACUGACUCCAAGCUGGAGGAUGGUGGUUCUUCAGCCUCUGCAUGAAUGUAAUGUAGGUGAAGAAGAGAUAGAAGAUCUUUCUGAUGAAAUCUUCUCCCUAAGACACAAAAAAUAUGAAGAGAGAGAGCAAGCCGGAUGGUCACUAUGGGAGCAAAGCAAGUGGCACCGAAGAAACAGCAGAGCUUACAGUAAAAAUGGUGAAGGACAGGAUUUGCUUUUGAAAGAAUACCUUAGUGACUCCGGUGGUGGUCAGCACUGUGCUGCUCAAAGCUCUAAGGAGCUUCCUUCAGCCAGCCAGGAUCUGAGUGCACAUGGCUCACCUUCAUUGAAUCAAAGUCAAGAAAUCAAGUCUUUGUGGUGGGAACGACGGGCUUUUCCAUUGAAGGAUGAAGACACAGAAGCCUUACUAUGUCAAGAAAAAAAUGAUCAUAUUGAAAGUUCAAGGCCAGCUUUCCAUGGUGAAGUCUUCUGUACCAGUGCACCAGGGAAUGGCCACCAUCCAAAAAAGCAGGCAGAAGGAAUGGAAGAGUACAGAACCUUUGGUCUAGGACUUACCCAUGUUUAAAAAAACAGGUGACAGGGAACAGGUUAAGAAAACUAUAUAACUGAAUAGAAAACAGGAGAAAUAGGUAAAGCCCUGUUCUCCAUCUCCACCUCCUCCACUCAGAAUUCCAGAGUAAUAAGCAAGAGCAUAUACUAGAAUUAAUCUUUAAUGCUGCUUUUGAACCAGACAAGGUAUGUCUUCUUUUCCUUUUUGAACCAUAGGAGUUACUAGCUUUUCACCUACAGGCAACUGCUAGUUAUUUGUGUUUAUGAUGCAAAUCACAAACACCCAAAAAUUAACUGCUGCAACUUGAUGUCAAAUCACAUUACUGGUAAUUUUUAGAAGACUUUUACCCCCCUUUCUCCUACCAAACACACAAACACACACAUACACACACACUACCUGUGCACCAAAGGUCAGUUCUUUUUUCUAUGUAUUUCUAUGGCAAUUCAUUUAAAUUGCCUGAGAAAUAUAUUAGAAUAAACAAAUGUGUGUAUAGAGUACGCAUACAUAUGUACACACACACAUUUUAAAAACCAUUGGCAGUGACCACUCCACUUGAAAAUGCAGGUAGGAACCACCCCAUGGACUCUAAGCUGCACUAUAAAUAAAGAAACACAGGUUUCCAAGGAUAAUGUACAUCUAAAAGUCCUGCAAAUGGAGAGGGAAUUUUUUUCUUCAACAUGUUUAACCAAUAGAAAUUACAUAUGGAAAUAUCCUUACCAGAUAACACAAUACUCCUUUAUCUUAAAUCACUGAUACCUGUUGGACUAAACACAGGUUAUUUUCUGUUCACUUCUAACAGAACAAAACAAGCAAAGUAGAGUUAAAUACUGGUCAAUUUUAAAACUAUCACAUCUUUUAAAGCUUACCUAUUUUAUGUAUCUCAUGAAGACACCAACUUAAAAUGAGCAACAAACAGGAAUAGUCCUGUCAGUAUAAAUCUAGUUCAUUUGAUCAUUCCUUACCGUAGCUUACACUAUACAAAGAAGCAUCUAUUACUUUUUCUAGAAUGAGAAUUAAAAUUUUUCAAAAGCUCAUACUUUAAUAUUGGAUACUGGAGUGUACAUUAAGGAAAAUUCCUUUUGAGGCGAUUACCUCAUUUUUUCUAUGUAAAAGUUGAGGUCAAUUGAUAUGAAAUCACUUUUUCUCAUGUAGAAAAGGUUAUUCAAGAUGUAGUACCCUUAGAACUGACAAUCCUGGCCAUCUGGCCUAGUCUAGGGGCUUGGACACUAAGUUUCUGUCAGGGAUUGGAAAUUAGUCCCUUUAAUAUUCAAUUUCAAUACUGACAAAUGUUUUAUUGUAGUUUAACUGUACAUUUAUUU